AUGGAUGUGAGAGGUCAAAAGGACUAUUACGCCAUCAGGAGAUCCAUGGAGCUGUGCGGUCCCAACAUGAGUGAGAGGGGAGGAUCUCUCUGCCAGGUGAAGCAGCUUGCCUGCCACAGUGUCCCCCUUUGUCGCCUGCAGGCUAGUGGGCCCCACAUACGCAACCUCUCCCACCAACCGUGGGUCAACCACCCGGCCGCUGCCGCUGCCUCCAGCCCGACAGUGGCCGUCCGCCACAGGGUGCGCGGAGCCAUGGCGGCCGGAUGCGGCAACCCGGAGUGUGGGGUGUCCAGAGUGGGAGAGGAGGCCGCUCCGGCCCGAGGCGCCUCCACAGGGAAGGUGGUGGUAACAGGAGGAGGGGGAUACUUUGGGUUCAGGCUGGGCAGAGAACUGGCCAGUCAGGGGAUGUCGGUGGUCCUUCUAGACAUGAACAAGCUUCCCUCUGACAUCCCUGAUGGAGCCAUCUUCUGUCAGAGUGACAUCCGGGACUAUUCUUCCCUCUAUAAAGUGUGCGAAGGGGUCGACUGCAUAUUCCACACAGCGUCUUACGGCAUGUCCGGACCAGAACAGCUGAGGAAAGAGCAGGUGGAGUCAGUCAAUGUUGGAGGGACAAAUAACAUCAUAAACGUGUGUAAGGAGAGGAGCAUCCCCAGACUGGUGUACACCAGAACCAUCAAUGUGGUGUUCGCUGGGAAACCCAUUGAGGAGGGAGAUGAGGCCUCUGUGCCGUGUGUGCCCCCUGACCUACACAUCGACCACUACUCCAGAACCAAAGCGAUCGCAGAGCAGAUGGUCCUCUCGGCCAACGGAUGCUCCCUGAAAGGUGGAGGUCUGCUUCGGACCUGCAUCCUGCGGCCGUGUGGCAUCUACGGACCAGAGGAGAGGAGACACCUCCACAGAGUGAUGGUGAGUGUGGAGCGCCGGUUGUUCAGUUUCAGGUUCAGGGACCCCCGGGCCCGGAUGAACUGGGUACAUGUAGAUAACCUGGUGCUGGCCCACACGCUGGCGGCCGAGGCUCUCGUACUGCAGAGGAGCUGUGUCGCUAGUGGACAGGCCUAUUUCAUUAAUGAUGGAGUUUCCGUUCAUCUAUUUGAGUGGUUGACACCUUUGUUUGAAAAGCUUGGCUACAGCAGACCGUUGAUACACCUCCCUGUUUCACUCGUCUAUUCAGCAGCCAUCCUGGUGGAAUAUUUGCAUGUAGUUCUGAGACCUGUGAUAGAUGUGCCCCUGCUCUUCACCAGAAGUGAGGUGAGGAGCAUAGCUGUGAGCCACACCUUCAAGAUUGACAAGGCCCGUCGAGAUCUGGGUAACAGUCCGAAGCCCUACAGCCUGGUGGACUCUGUGGAGCAGUACCUGAAGUCCAGAAAGCCUCGUCUUUUCAGCGUCUCCUGGACCUCCCAGCUGCCCCGUCACCUCCUCGUCAUGCUGCUGCUGGGCCUCAGUCUGCUGCUACUGAUGCUGUUCUGCAUGGUCUCUCCAAACUAAAUGAUGGAAAGCGAGUCAAUAAACUGAUAGUUCGGCAAUUAAAUGUAUGAUGAUGUAUCCUCGCCACAUGUUAC